UACGGCAUCGGCAUGGACAAUUGAAGGGGCAAAACAAGGCAAGAAUCAUUUUUCAGAACAGAAAAAAUAUCCCAAAUCUUACAUAAAUCCUGCAGUAUCUCCAAACCCUUCAUUUUCCUUCCAGCUGCAGAACAGCAGCAGCAGCAGCAGAUUCAGAGAGAAUAUAUAUAACCCAAAAAAAGAAAAGAAAAGAAGCGAAGAUGAUGAAAUUACAAGUCGCACCAUCUUCAUAUUCACAGAAGAAGAAGAAACAAAAGAGCGGAGGCGGCCAACAACAAGAACAAAACCCUAAUGUUGCUGAAUCCACUCGCAUUCGUAUAUCCCAAAUCAUCGACCAGUUUCUUUCUACAAAUGAUGAUAUGUAUGCUUUCGAACCCAACCUUACAAAUGCUGAACGUGCUGUGGUGCAUGAAUUAUGUAGGAAGCUGGGUCUGAAGUCCAGAAGUAAAGGGAAUGGGAAUAAACGGCAUGUUUGUGUGCACAAAAUUAAAAAGAAUGGCUUCACCAAGGAUGGGAAGGAAAAUUGCAGUUCUUUUACAUUUUCGGAAGAUGCAAAAGAGGUUUUACAGGACUUAUUUACUCAAUAUCCUCCUGAUGAUCGAGAUUUGGGUGAGGAAACUAUUGGGAAACAUGGUGGAAAAACUGAAAAAAUACGAGAAAAAAGAGAUGAUAUUUUUUGCAAACCCUCUAUGAACAAGGCCGAAAUCGGGAGAAAGGUGGAAUCAUUUGCUUCUAAGUUAGAAAAAUCCCAAGAGUUAAGACAGAUUACUGAAGGGAGAGCUAAGCUCCCAAUUGCAUCGUUCAGGGAUGUGAUUAUGUCAACAAUAGAAUCUAAUCAGGUAGUGCUUAUAUCUGGCGAGACUGGAUGUGGAAAAACAACACAGGUCCCGCAGUUUCUUUUGGAUUACAUGUGGGGCAAGGGUGAGGCAUGCAAAAUAGUCUGCACUCAACCACGGCGAAUCUCAGCAACAUCAGUUGCUGAAAGAAUCUCUCGUGAAAGAGGCGAAAAUGUUGGAGAUAGUGUGGGAUAUAAGAUACGUUUGGAGACCAAAGGUGGGAAGAACUCAUCCGUUGUGUUUUGCACUAAUGGGGUUCUGUUGAGGGUGCUGGUUUCUAAAGGCACUGAAAGGUUGAAAGCAGAAUCUUCAAAAAGACUGGCAAAGGAUGCUGUUUCUGACUUAACUCACAUUAUUGUGGAUGAAAUUCAUGAGAGGGAUCGCUACUCCGAUUUCAUGCUAGCAAUUCUCAGAGACAUGCUUCCUUCAUAUCCUCAAUUACGUCUGGUUCUAAUGAGUGCUACACUUGAUGCUGAACGAUUUUCACAAUAUUUUGGUGGAUCCCCAAUUAUCCGAGUCCCUGGGUUCACUUAUCCUGUCAAAACUUUCUUCUUGGAGGAUGUACUUACAAUUCUGAAAGCAACAGAGAAUAAUCACCUUGAUUGUGCUUCAGAAGAUGCCAUGGUCGAUGAGUUUGAGUUGGGAGAGGAAUACAAGAUUGCCCUUGACGAGGCUAUUAAUUUAGCAUGGUUGAAUGAUGAGUUUGAUACCCUCCGAGAUUUGGUCUCUUCUGAAAGAACUCCGAAAGUUUUUAAUUACCAGCAUUCAUCGAGUGGAGUAACACCACUAAUGGUGUUUGCAAAAAAAGGCAAAGUGGGUGAUGUUUGCAUGCUCCUCUCUUUUGGUGCAGACUGCCAUUUACAAGACAGUGAUGGAAUUACUGCACCAGAGUGGGCUGAACGGGAGAGUCAGGGAGAAGCUUCUGAAAUUAUUAAAAAACACAUGGAAAAAGUCCAUUCCAACUGUGAGGAAGAUCAAGAAUUACUCGAUAAAUAUUUAUCCACUAGCAAUCCUGAGCUUGUUGAUGUUGCCCUUAUAGAGAAGUUAUUGAGAAAGAUUUGUAUGGAUUCGAAGGAUGGAGCUAUCCUUGUUUUCCUUCCUGGGUGGGAUGAUAUAAAUAAAAUGAGAGAGAAAUUACUUGCUAGCCCCUUUUUCAAGGACUGUUCAAAGUUUUUGAUAAUAUCUCUUCACUCCAUGGUCCCAUCUGCGGAGCAAAGGAAGGUUUUCAGACGCCCCCCUCUGGGUUGCCGUAAAAUUGUUCUUUCAACUAACAUCGCUGAGACUGCUAUCACUAUUGAUGAUGUUGUUUAUGUUAUAGACAGUGGACGGAUGAAGGAAAAAAGUUAUGACCCCUACAAUAAUGUAUCAACUCUUCAGUCUUCUUGGGUUUCAAAAGCAAGUGCAAAGCAAAGAGAGGGACGUGCAGGACGCUGCCAACCAGGAAUCUGUUAUCACCUUUAUUCAAAACUUCGUGCCGCUUGGAUGCCUGAUUUCCAAAUACCAGAAAUUAAGAGGAUGCCAAUUGAGGAACUUUGUUUGCAGGCAAAACUGAUUGAUCCAAAUUGCAAUAUAGAAAAUUUUCUACGCAAAACAUUGGACCCUCCAGUUUUUGAAACUAUACGUAAUGCAAUUAUUGUUCUUCAAGAUAUCGGGGCCUUGUCACAUGAGGGAGAACAACUUACAGACCUUGGGGAGAAGCUUGGUUCUCUACCAGUUCAUCCAUUAAUUUGCAAGAUGCUUUUCUUUGGCAUAUUAUUGAACUGCCUUAAUCCAGCCUUGACUUUGGCCUGUGCCUCUGACUAUAGAGAUCCAUUUAUUCUUCCCAUGUUGCCAAAUGACAAAAAGAAAGCUGCAGCUGCUAAAUCUCAUCUGGCUUCAAUGUUUGGUGGAAAUAGCGACCAACUAGCAGUGGUAGCUGCAUUUGAGUGCUGGAUGAAUGCCAAGAAAAAGGGCCAAGAAGCCCGGUUUUGUUCUCAAUAUUUUGUGUCCUCCAGCACCAUGAAUAUGCUGUUUGGAAUGCGUAAGCAACUCCAAAAUGAAUUACUCCGACAUGGGUUCCUUCCAGAAGAUGUGUCAAAUUGUAGCUUGAAUGAACGCAAUCCAGGUAUACUCCACGCCGUCCUUGUUUCUGGUUUGUAUCCAAUGGUGGCAAGAUUGCUUCCACCUUUCAAGAAUACAAACCGGUCCAUGGUAGAGACUGCUAGUGGAGAGAAAGUACGAUUGCAUCCUCAUUCCUCCAACUUUAAGUUAUCAUUUACGAAAUCUAGUGACCAACCUCUGAUCAUAUUUGAUGAGAUAACCCGCGGAGAUGGAGGUAUGCACAUCAGGAACUGUAGUGUUGUUGGGCCUCUCCCAUUGUUAUUGCUGGCAACAGAGAUGGUAGUGGUUCCUAUUAAGGAUAUUGAUGAUGAUGAUGAUGACAAUAACAAUGAGAGUGACUAUGAAGAUGCUGAUGAAGAUGAAAGUGAUGACUACAAAAUCGAAAUGCAUAAUAAGUUGGGUGAAGAUUAUGAAGAGAAGGUUAUGUCUUCUCCUGACAAUGCAGUUAAGGUCGUUGUUGACCGGUGGCUUUCUUUCAAAUCAAUAGCCCUUGAUGUUGCUCAAAUAUACUGCCUUAGAGAGAGACUAUCUGCAGCAAUCCUUCUCAAAGUGACACAUCCACGGAAAGUUCUUUCUCCACUUCUAGAGGCUUCUCUGAAUGCAAUAGCCUCUGUCUUAUCUUAUGAUGGGAUGUCAAAGAUCUCAUCACCAACGGAACCUGUGGACUCGCUGACUUCAAUGGUGAAUGCAACUGAAAUAGACCAAUCCACACAUGGGAAGGUGAAAGGGAUGGUUCAGAAUUCAAAUGGUUUUCUGAGAUCUAUGCCACAAGCAUACAGGGGUACAAUGAGCUGGAAUGGCCCAUUAAGCAGUCAUGUCCAGUAUCCUAUUGCUUCAACACACAUAAAACCAUAUCCGAGGUUUGCACCACAAGGUCCCAGUGGAGCCAUAUCAGGACCAAUUGCUUUGAGGGGGGAUUCUUCCAAGCGGCAGCGUGGUAAUUGGUCUUGAUAACAAUAGGAUUUACUAGGCUUUUCUUGUUUACUUAUAGACAAAAAAAUGGAUGAAAAUCCUGUCUAGUUGGGACGUAGGCCUUGAUUUUGAAAGGGACCUCAAUGGUAAGAAAUAGAAUUUUAUUCAGAAUGUUUCUUUAGAGCAAGAUUGCAAUUAUAAGUUGUUUUAAAUUUUGAUAAAAACCAGGGCUCCUGGUGUUUUAUUGUGAGGUUAAGCUGUUAUAGUGCACAACUUGUGGCCUUCCUCCAUAUAAAGGUGUGCCAUCAACAAGCGUGUGUGGUAAUAUUGAAGAUAAACUUUUUGGGGAAAAAAAAGGGAUAAAAAUUGCAUC